CUCAGUGUGGAUGUAGGGGAGAUAUUAUGAGGCCGGUGUCAUUAGGCGAUUGCUGUUGAAUGAUUGAAUGUUUUUUUCUUUUUUUUUCUCUCUGUGAUUCUCUCUUGUACUGCGGUCAUUCCAUGGUGUUCCGAUCUCCUCUAGAGCUCUAUCCCACCCACUUCUUCCUGCCAAACUUCAGCGAGCGCUCCCUGCUCCUGGCCAGCGGCAGCGGCGGCGGCGGCGGAGGUGGCGGCUCCCGAGCCCCCGAAGAGCUGUCAAUGUUCCAGCUGCCCACACUCAACUUCUCCCCGGAGCAAGUGGCCAGCGUGUGCGAGACGCUGGAGGAGACCGGGGACAUCGAGAGGCUGGGGCGCUUCCUGUGGUCCCUGCCCGUGGCCCCGGGGGCGUGCGAGGCCAUCAACAAGCAUGAGUCCAUCCUGAGAGCCCGGGCGGUGGUGGCCUUCCACACGGGCAACUUCAGGGACCUCUACCACAUCCUGGAGAACCACAAGUUCACCAAGGAGUCCCACGGGAAGCUGCAGGCCAUGUGGCUGGAAGCCCACUACCAGGAGGCCGAGAAGCUCCGGGGGCGCCCCCUAGGACCCGUUGAUAAGUACAGGGUGAGGAAGAAGUUCCCCCUGCCCAGGACCAUCUGGGAUGGAGAGCAGAAAACCCAUUGCUUCAAGGAGAGGACUCGCAGCCUGCUGAGGGAGUGGUACCUACAGGACCCUUACCCCAACCCCAGCAAGAAAAGGGAACUAGCCCAGGCCACUGGCCUCACCCCUACCCAGGUGGGCAACUGGUUCAAGAACCGAAGGCAAAGAGACAGAGCGGCGGCUGCAAAGAACAGGCUUCAGCACCAGUCUAUCGGACAAAGCGGCAUGAGGUCGUUGGCAGAUCCGGGUUGCCCUACACACAGCUCGGCAGAGUCACCCUCCACAGCGGCUGCCAGUCCGACCACCAGUGUGUCCAGCCUGGCAGAGCGAGCCGAGACUGGCACCUCCAUCCUGUCAGUAACCUCCAGCGACUCAGAAUGUGAUGUAUGAUAGCUAGGCAGACCCACUCAUGCCAGACCUAGAAGGGACUGAUAAUGGACCUGAACUUCCAGGGACUGUCACAUAACUAGAGGACGUAAAAAAAGGUGACACCUAGACUCCUAAAGGACAAGCACGACGUCUAUUUGCGCUUAUUAUGGACGCAUGGCCACUUGCAUGAAUCAUUUGUAUGUGGGGACUUUAUUCAGAAACCUCUCCGUUCCAAAAACAAAACAAAAAAACCUACCCAGGAUCUUCAGGAAGAGGAAACACACUCAUAUCUCGACCUCUCCUCAGUUUUUUUUGUUAUUUAUUUUUUUUGUCGACUUAUCCUCUCUGUCUGUCAAAAAAA